AUGGCAGGACAAACGCUUAGAAGGUUCCUUCCGCUCUUUGACAGAGUGUUUGUUGAAAGGAGUGCAGCUGAAACUGUAACCAAAGGUGGCAUUAUGUUUCCAGAAAAAUCUCAAGGAAAAGUAUUGCAAGCAACAGUAGUAGCUGUGGGAUUGGGCUCUAAAGGAAAGGGUGGAGAGAUUCAACCAGUCAGUGUGAAAGUUGGAGAUAAAGUUCUUCUCCCAGAAUAUGGAGGGACCAAGGUAGGUCUAGACGACAAGGAUUAUUUUUUAUUCGGAGAUGGUGACAUUCUUGACAAGUAUGUAGACUGA